AUGGCGCAAUAUAGUGCCCUCACGCAGGCAGCGCUCUUAAAAUGGGCCAACACGUUUGACACGCGCCACAAGGCCGAGACGCUACAGGACCUGCGCGACGGCAUCAUCCUCGGUCAGAUUCUCGAACAGAUGCUUUCCCCCGAGUUCCACUCCUCCAGUCUCGUCCUCACCCCGCAAUCCGAACAUGAUCACCGCCAAAACCUCGAGACGGUCUACCGCGGCCUCGCCCGUUUCCUGCGCUCCGACAACCCCCUUCUUGCCCCGUCACCAUCCGAGUUCCGUGCCAUCGCCGAAAACCCGACCGAUAAUGCCCUGUGCGAGUUCCUCUCCGCUUUCCUCACCGCCGCGUGCAUGGGCUCGCUCUCGAGGACCUACGUCCCUAAGAUCCUCACCCUCGACAGCCAGACUCAAGGGGAGAUUGCCAAAAUCAUCAACCAGAAGACGGAGCUACGCCAGGGGAGAGAGGAGAAGGCCGAGGCAGAGCCGCAACCGGGCGAUGUGGACACCGACGUCGAUAUCCAUGCGUUCCGGGACCCGGAGCUGAUGGCCGAGGAGCUAGAACAGAUGAAAAACAAGGUUGAUGUGGUCAAGAAACAAAAUGCCGACCUGCAGUCGCGCCUAGAUAAGCUCCUCGGCACGCGUGAGGCUAUGCUCACCGACCUACGGCUGGCCCAAGACGAACUCACGACGCUUAAGCGGGCUAGGGGCUCCGAUGCCUCCUCCGCGAUCAAGGACCUCCGGAACGAGAUCCGCGAAAAGAUGACCGAGAUUGACCGCCUGGAGGAUCUGCUCGAGAAAGAGACCCAUCGGUCGACAAGAUAUGAAAAGGAGAAUGAGGCACUACGCGGCAAGGCAGAGCGGUUGAAAGAUCUCGAGGACAAAGUCACCGUGUUGGAGCAUGAGACGAAGCAACAGCAGCAGCUGAUCAAAAGUCUGGAAAAUUACAAGAAGAAAGCCCAAGACCUUACCGUGAUCCAGCAGCGGAACCGUGCCUUGGACGAACAGAUCCUCCAACUCGAACAGGACCUCAGGAGUUUCGACGAGGUGAAGGCGCAGAAUAGGAAGCUGCAGAAGGAAGUCGACGAGAAAAUCAGGGUCUUGACUAGCAACGAGCAGGAGAUCAUCUACACACUCCAGUCCAAGAAUGUCUUGCAAGAUGCCAACGAAGAGCUUAAGAGGAGGGUCGAGUACCUCGAGUCAAGACGACAGCUCGACGAAGGCACCAUUCGAGAGCUCCAGGAACAGCUCCAGCUAGGCGACUUGCCCGAGCCAGGCUCCGAAAGCCCGGGCGCUUCGGGCGCGAAGUUCAGCCUCGAACAGGAGCUGGAGACCACAGCCGAUCCGACGGUGGCCCUCCGGCUCGAGGUCCAGCGCCUCAAGGCGGAAAACAGCAUGCUCCGGAAUAACAUGGCCGUGGCGUCUGAGAACGAGCGGCUCCGCAACGGGCUCGACAGCGCUAACCAAAAGGUCGAGCACUACCGCCUCCAAUGCACCGAGGCGAUGGAGAAGCAGGCCGUGGCUCAGGAGCAGCUCAAUGCCCUGGUCGACCAUGCCACAGGCGAAGCGGAUCGUGCGUUUAUCAACAUGCGCCGGAACCUGAUCGACACUACGCGGGAUCUGGAACAGGCUCGCAAGCAUCUUCAGGGGCUCGAGAGGGACGCCGCCGACCGCGAACGCGAUCUCAUCCGUUUCAAGGCAGACCUCGACGCCAUUGGCCAGGAACAGACCGAGGCGCUGGCCGCGCUCAAGUCGUCCGACGAGCUCAUCUCGGAUUCCCUGCGCACCGAGCUCGAGGCCACGCGCAAGCAGCUCGCGCAGAAGCUGUUCGAGCUUGACGAGAUGAAGGAGCAAUUCAUGGGCGUGCUCGUGUCGAAGGACAAAGUUCAACGGCGCUUAGACGAUGCACUGGCGGCUCCUGGUGCGGGGCAGGGGUCGGCGGGCGAGGACUCUGCUUCUUCUGGGGCUCAGACGAAAGGGAAGAAGGAAGAUGCAGAGAAGAUUGAGAAGCUGAAGACGGCGCUGAAGCAGAAGAUUGAGCAACUCGAGAAGUCGGAGCAGGAAAAGUACGAUUUGCAACGGCGGCUCAAGCUCGCAGAAAACGGUGGCGCACUCGCGGCCCACAAGGCUGCCACCGACCAGAUCAUUAAGAAUCUACGACACGAGAACGCCAUGAUUACCACCGCUUGGUACGAUAUCACUAGCCGCCUGCAGAGCAACCACGUCGUCCUACAGCGCCGCCACGACGCGCCUAAGAGCUGGUUGGGUAAACAGCGACAAAUGGUCAAUGCUACAUCAACACCGAGGAGGUAG